UGUCGGUCCCCUUGUUCGCUGUUUUAAAAGUUUAUUUCUGAUUAAAACCUUCUAAACAUGGUUAAAAUCGCUCUCCAAAUCAGAGCCAACUUAGAAUACAUCGAGAAGCUUUAUACCAACCAUCCGAACUACCAAUGGUUCCUAAAACUGAAGUGCAGUAGCUGCGGCGAAGUGUCCGAAAAGUUCCACGAUCUCACGGAGGCUGAUAAAGUGCCGCAGAAGCACAACCGAUCGGAAACAAACCUUUUGAUAAAGUGUAAACUGUGCUCCAGGGAAAACAGCAUGGAUGUCAUCGAAGGCAGCAACGGUGCAUUUACAAAUGAAGAUGCUGGUAAAUUCAAGACGCUGGUAAUAUUUGACUGCAGAGGUGUGGAGCCUGUAGACUUUGAGCCUAAAUCUGGAUGGAUUGCGGAGGCUGAAGAAAAUGGUAAAAACUUUGAAGACGUUGAUCUCACGGAGAAGGAAUGGGUAGACUACGAUGAGAAGAACAAAACCUCUGUAGGAGUCUACGAGUUGGAAUGGCAGUUCAUCAAAGUCAAAUAAGUGCUUUUAAUUUUAUCUUAUAAAUAAUUAAUUUACGGUGUAACUAUAUAUUAUUAAUAAACCAUGCUCAUGAA